UUUGAUGAAUUUUUCAACGAAUAAAAUAUUGCAAAUUAAUUUGAUAAAAGGUUUCUAUCAAGUGAAAUUUGAACGACAGUCAGGUUGGCCAUUUCAUUGAGGUCACAAGGAAAAAUUGGCGAAAUAACAUGAUGCCAGCCAUAUAUGAUGACACACUUCGCUCCAAAGAGUCAAAUGAACCAGCAAAAUUAAUCGCAUUCAAUCGAACGGGACGUCCGGUAGAUAUUUUAUGGAUAAAUUAUGCAGCCAAAUUGGUUUUAUACCGACUACUAGGUAAAGACGAUCAAACUGAAAUGGAUACAUUUAAAACGCAUCCGUGGAUAUUUCGUGAUUGUUAUACGGGACUAUUGAUGCAUGUGAAUCACAAAGAAGUAUUUUGGCCAGAAGCGUCUACUGACAAACGACCCAUUCAACAUGUAUACAUUCAUUAUCCGGUACAAAGUCUUAAAACAAUUUCAUCGUGGGCAAUCAUUACGAAAGCUAGAAAUCUUAAUGAAAUCUCACAAAUGGAAAUACCACAAACAUUACGCAAUGAUUUAGGAACACUUUAUCGACAAUUCUAUAAUCAUCAUGUUACUUUAGCACAGCGAAGAAUGGAACAACGUCGAAAUCUACAACGGCGACAGCAACAACAACAACAGCUGCAACUGCAGCAGCAUCGAAACCAAUGAAUGUGAUUUGAAAAUGUGUGGAAGAUCUUUAUUUGAUUUGAUAAAUCGAAUUUAUAUUUAUAUGUGUAUAAGUUUU